GAGGGGGGCGAUGAUAAACACGAAUUAUAUAAAAGGCUACGACAUCCCAAAAGAAAAGUCAGUUCGAUUUCGGUUUCAUUGUGAUUAUAGAACUCGUUAACAGGAUAUAAAGAAAAAAAAGAAGAAAAAAAAAAACUAAUAAUAGAGAGAAAAAAAAGAGUUAAAAAAAGGAAAGAUGUCUGCAGCGGGACCGGAAGUGGUGGUUGGAUCGGUUGGUGAAGCCGCCGCCGCCACCGGACUUUCGGCGACAAAUGUAUUUUUAGCACUUUUUAUACCAGCAUUGGUUCUAUAUUAUAUUUACUUUAGAAUUUCCCGAAGGCAUUUAAUAGAACUUGCUGAAAAAAUUCCUGGACCCGUUGGUCUUCCCCUUAUUGGAAAUGCUCUCGAAUUAAUUGGCAGUUCGGAUGCAAUUUUCCGUAAAUUUUAUGAAAGAUCCUUUGAGUUUGAUCAGGUCAUUAAACUCUGGAUUGGACCAAAAUUGGUUGUCUUUUUGAUUGAUCCACGUGAUGUUGAAGUAAUUUUAUCGAGCAAUGUUUAUAUUGACAAAUCAAGUGAAUAUCGAUUUUUCAAGCCAUGGUUGGGCAACGGUCUUCUAAUUUCCUCUGGUCAAAAAUGGCGUGCUCACCGAAAAUUGAUUGCUCCAACUUUCCACUUGAAUGUCCUCAAGAGUUUCAUUGAUCUCUUCAAUGCAAAUUCACAUUGUGUUGUUGAAAAAAUGCGCAAAGAAGGCGACAAGGAAUUCGAUAUUCACGAUUAUAUGUCAGAGACAACUGUGGAAAUUCUCCUCGAAACUGCCAUGGGCGUUUCAAAAACCACUCAGGAUAAAAGUGGAUAUGAAUAUGCAAUGGCUGUCAUGAAAAUGUGUGACAUUCUUCAUUUACGUCACACAAAAGUUUGGCUUCGACCCGAUUGGCUUUUUAAUUUAACAAAAUACAGCAAAGAUCAAAUGCGUCUUCUCGACAUUAUUCAUGGACUAACGAAAAAAGUUAUUCAACGCAAAAAAGAAGACUAUAAAAGUGGAAAACGUGCCGUUAUCAAUCCAACAAUUGAAAACAGAACCAGUGACAAAGAGUCAAAGAAUAAUAUCGCAGUUGAAGGUCUUUCUUUUGGUCAAGCAGCAGGACUCAAGGAUGAUUUGGAUGCUGAUGACAAUGAUGUGGGUGAAAAAAGGAGGCUUGCCUUUCUUGAUCUUUUGGUUGAAUCCGCUCAAAAGGGAGUUGUUCUCAACGAUCAGGAAGUAAAGGAGCAAGUCGACACUAUUAUGUUUGAGGGUCACGAUACAACGGCUGCUGGAUCCAGUUUCUUCCUCUCAAUGAUGGGAUGUCAUCCAGAAAUUCAAGAGAAAGUUAUUCAAGAAUUAGAUGAAAUUUUCGGUGACAGCGAUAGACCAGCCACCUUUCAAGAUACCCUUGAGAUGAAAUAUCUCGAGCGUUGCCUCAUGGAAACUCUCCGAAUGUAUCCACCUGUACCAAUAAUUGCUCGUGAACUAAAAUCAGAUUUAAAACUCGCAUCCGGUGACUAUAUUAUUCCAGCUGGAUGCACUGUUGUUGUAGCCACAAUAAAAUUACAUCGUCAACCAAAUAUUUAUCCAAAUCCAGAUGUCUUCAAUCCAGAUAAUUUCCUACCAGAAAAAACUGCAAAUCGUCAUUAUUAUGCAUUUGUUCCAUUCUCAGCUGGUCCAAGAUCGUGCGUUGGACGUAAAUAUGCAAUGUUAAAAUUGAAAAUUCUCCUCUCAACAAUCCUAAGGAAUUUCCGUGUUCAAUCAACAGUUAAAGAAUGUGACUUUAGACUGCAAGCUGAUAUCAUUCUAAAACGUGCCGAAGGUUUUAAAGUUAAAUUAGAGCCAAGAAGACCAAUGGCUAAGGCCCAUUAAAAAAAGAAAAGAAAGAAAGAAAAUAACAAAUAAAACGCGGGUAUUUUUUUUUCAAAUAGUGUACCUGGAAUAUAAAACAAACUCGUGUAUAGUCAAAGUGCAAAUAUUUUUUUUUUAUCCAUAAUUUGAAAUCGGAUAAUAAUCGUCUCAACGUACACAAUUUUUGUACAUUGUUGUAUAAAUUGAUUUUUGUUAGUGAACGUUUAAUACGUAUAGAAUAUUGCAUAUUAUUAUUAUUAUUUUAUUGUUAUCAUCAUCUUUUUUCGUUAAUAUAUAUAUAUAUAUAUAUAUAUAUAUAUAUAUAUAUAUAAUAUAUUUAUCUCAUGUAAUAAAUAUUAAUCUGCAGUUGGUAAACUGCAAACGUUUAAA